GUCUCUUCUUGCUUCUUCCCUGCCACACCGCCUCCCAAGUCCCAGCAUCAAUCAGCUUUGCGACGCCCUUGUCCUGGGCCCCCCUCCUGGUGACUGCUGUCCUGUGGGGCUGUGUGUGGCCAGCACAGGCCUGUCACGUGGCAGCCUUGGCAGGAGGAGCCUGGCAGGGAAGUGGGGCAGCCAAGGGGCGGCGAUCACAGGCAGCUUCUCACCCAGUCCUGCUGUGCCUCCCACAGGGCAAGGCCGGCUCAGCCAAUCGGCUCUGGCAACUGCGGAAUUGCCAAGUGGAAGCUGGCGAGCUCCUGGCUUUAGGGCUGGGAAUUGUGGGAGGAGGGCCCAGGCCCCACUGGAGACACCCUUUAGUGUUGGGACCUCAGAAACCAGCCCUCUGUCUGGCCAGAGGGACACUGGGUUGUGGCAUUUCUUCACCUGCUUCCCAGGGAGAAGGAGGACCCUCCCCCCCACCCAGGGGCCUACAGGCCUAGCCUCUGACCCUGGGGACACAGCCCAGGCCUGCCCCAGCGCCAACAAGUCAGGGAGCAACAAAUAUUUAACUAGACACAUUGAUCAUUAACAGCGGUAGGAAGGAGCCCGAACUCAGUCUCCCUCCUGGGCAGAGACCAGCUGGGCCUUGGGCCUCCUGCGGAGAUGCUGGGCGCCCCAGUCUGGUCCUCUGUGAGGCAGGGUCUGAGCAGGGGCUUGUCCAGGAACAUGGGGGGCUGGGCAUCAGGGGAGGGGAGGAAGGUGGACAUCACAGGCAUCUACCCCCCUGUGACCACCCCCUUCACUGCCACUGCAGAAGUGGAUUAUGGGAAACUGGAGGAGAAUCUGCACAAACUGAGCACCUUUCCCUUCCGAGGCUUCGUGGUCCAAGGCUCCAAUGGCGAGUUCCCCUUCCUGACCAGCAGUGAGCGCCUGGAGGUGGUGAGCCGCGUGCGCCAGGCCAUGUCCAAGGACAAGCUCCUGCUAGCCGGUUCCGGCUGCGAGUCCACUCAAGCCACGGUGGAGAUGACCUUGAGCAUGGCCCAGGUCGGGGCUGAUGCCGCCAUGGUGGUGACCCCUUGCUACUAUCGAGGCCGCAUGAACAGUGCUGCCCUCAUUCACCACUACACCAAGGUUGCUGACCUCUCUCCAAUUCCUGUGGUGCUGUAUAGUGUUCCAGCCAACACAGGGCUGGACCUGCCUGUGGAUGCAGUGGUCACGCUGUCCCAGCACCCGAACAUCGUGGGCAUCAAGGACAGCGGUGGUGAUGUGACCAGGAUCGGGCUCAUUGUUCACAAGACCAGGAGGCAGGAUUUCCAGGUGUUGGCUGGAUCGGCUGGCUUCCUGUUGCCCAGCUAUGCCAUGGGAGCUGUGGGGGGCAUAUGUGCCCUGGCCAACGUCCUGGGGGCUCAGGUGUGCCAGCUGGAGCGACUCUGCCGCACAGGGCAAUGGGAAGAUGCCCAGAAGCUGCAGCAUCGCCUCAUUGAGCCAAACACUGCGGACAGGACAAGGAGGAACUUCCAGGGCUCUUGGGGACUGGUCUAAGAGUGGUAUCUUUCUCGUCCGAUUCUUGUGACUCAGGGUGGGUGUUGUUAUCACCUCAUUUCACACAGCUUGGGCUGCCCCUUGGGAAGAGAGGAUGCUUGCUGCCAUCCUAGUUCUCUGCAUGCCAUCCUGCCUUACCCUUCACUCUGUGCCUCUCCUGUGCCAGCUCUGGGCACACACUCUGGAAUGCCUGGAAUUUAUCCUGCUGCCUGGGCUGUAGGCUCAGUCACCCCAAGAGCAGCUUGAUGUCACCCUAUUGCCCUGCCCUCCUUGAACACAAUGUGCUUCCUCCAUUCCUGCCCCGGCUAUAUUUAGGACUUUCCAUGGUCUUUACCACCAGAGCAUUCAACCCUUUCUCAGGUCUGAAGAGGGGCAAAUCAGAGAUCUUCAGAGAUCUUCAGAGACCUGUGGUGGGAGAAAGCUUUUCUCUAGCUACUUAUUUCCAUCUUCACCUCUAGGUCUUUCCCACCCUACUCAGGUUUUGGUUGAAAUGUCCAGGUUAUUAGAACCUCAUGGCUGGGGCCAGGCCUGGGAGGAGAUUGGCUAAAGCCUGCUGGCCUCUAGUGGUGAAUAGUUAUUAGUUGAUCACUCAUCAGUGAUUCCCAACUUUUUAUCCCAAACAACCUUUUAUUAUUUUUACCCUGCAUGAAGCCCAUAAUUCUAAGGUUUUACCUUCCCUCCAAAUAAAACUUUAAGUAAUGAUUACUUUCCUAGUUUUUAGGUAGUCAAAGAUUCAUCUAACACUUCUGAUCAGCAGGAAGUAACUAGUUGCUAUGCUAAAAGCAAAGAAACUUGGUUUCAUUUUCCAUAAAACUCCAUGCAUGAUUUUAAAUUACGACAAUAGCUCUAGGUCCCCAUUACAAUGGAAAAGACUUCAGACAUCAUGUUGUCCAGCCCCCUCAUUUUUUAGGCAAGAGAACUGCUUAGAGAUAAUAAGUUAGUGAUACAAGCUCACACAGUGAAACUUCUUCGGACAGCGAGGCAUUGUUUUUCCUGUGGGAGCAUUUAGAGUUGCGGUCAGGGAGGAGCUAUGGGUGAGGUGGGGGGCCCCACUGCAGGGGCACUAGAGGCCUGCCAUGCCUGGGUCAGCUUCCUGGCUCAAGUGCCCAGACCUGCAGCAUGGCUGCCUUCGCCCAUCCCAGCUGGAAGACUGAAUGCCACUCUCCUCCCCAAGGGGGUGGGUUUUUGUCCUAAAGCU